AUGGCUCUUCUGUUAUCCUUCAUCGUCGCUGCUCAGGAUGAUCAUUACGCAGCUUUGAACAACAAACAGGGUCAGACGCCGUGUGAGCUGGUCGAGGAGAUGGAGCGAUGCUCACUGCCAAGGGCGGUUCGGCGGGAUACAGCAGGAUCAGUGCUUGGUGGACGGGGAACUUCUCCUCCACAGCAUAUACGAAGUGUAGAACCGAGUCCAAGCAGGUGUACAUGCACGAACGUCUUCUUCAACAUCUGGAGCGCUUGUCUGAUGAGCCAAGGGAACUACUCGCUGACCUCGGAUCAGUGGCUGAACCAGUGCGAGCAGCAGCAGUUGCGUGUUAGCACAUUCAAGCGCUCCGUAGGACACCAAGAUCAUGUUCCUGUGUGGGCCUACGCUGAGAUGCCAAUUAACAAGACCUUCAAUAUUCGCCAAGCCGGUGCCGACUCUGGAGAUUCCGAAGAUCAGGGCGGUGGCUGGUCAAAGUAUCAGAUCAUCACCAUAGUGGCUAUAUCCUGCUCAGUUGUGGGUGUGGCCGCGAUUUUACUCUUUUUGUUCCGGUGGAGGAACUUGUGGGCGCGACACCAUGGUGUAUCACUGAAAGGCUUCUCGUUCAAGUUUCCUCGAUUCCCUCACGGGCCGAAGAAAGUACGGAGUGACAGCAGGGACAAUGAUUGGGCCAUUGACGGUGAAGUGGAAGCAUUGGAAGAUUUUGAGGUCGUGCCCACACCAUCUACGUCCCGACAUGGACACAUCCGGCUAUCAUCUUAUCCGACGCCCUACAAUGGCCCAAUGUACGGUGGACCAAUGCGGCGGACAUGGUAUAUACGAUCCCAGGACUUCUUUCGAAAGACAGGGCAAAAACUUCUUGACAUUGCGGAAUCCAUACCUCUCCCGUGGAAGACGAAGCCUGUGCAUGUUGGAAAACUCUCCCGCGGCAUGGUAUUUGACAUAGAUGGCACCGCAAUCAGCACAAAAACCGACUCUACGCUUGAGAACUAUCGCACGGCGGGAAAGCAGGUGUUCACGGCCCAGGUCGUUCCUGGAUCUAGCGGAUUCCCUCGGAGUAACGGCAACAUCUUACCAUUGGAGGAUACUGAAAGCUUCAUCAGUAAUAACGGAGAAGACCAACCAGGUUUCGAAGCUGAUAGUGAACAAGAACGACUUAUCACACCUUCCGAAGAAUUCCCUGAUCCUCCACCGAGUGUCAUGUUGAUAUCUCGAGGCGGCAAUGAUUUCACUCUCGAAUCAGGCGAAAGCCGUUCCCAGCAACAACAUGCACAAGAAGUACAUGCCCCCGUUGCCUCUAGCUCACGUCCUCCAGAGGUACCUCCUGAUGUAAAGCAUCAACCAAUACUGCGACCUCCACCGGCACCGACAUAUCCCGCUCCUUUACCUCCUCUAUCUCCUCCACGGGGUUUACCACAGCGUCUUCGCAAGCCAUCAUCAGAUAACAUGCUUGGCUUACACACAGGACCACCACCGUCUCGUGACGGAGGAGCGUACCCCACGCCCAUGGCUUCUUCCAGCCAUCUCCCCAUUCGCACACCUUCCCCUCUCUUCAUCCACCGUCCUUCCGUCGAAUCCCUCCAAAACGCAUCCACGUCCCACUUCCGCAUUCCCUCCGACCCUACAACACAUUCCGCUAUUCCCUCAUCCAACUACAGCGACGAGAACCUUCCCAUGAUCUCUUCUCCGCCAUACCACGCAUCUCCCCUGCGAGACGAGAGGAUACUGACACCUCCCCCUCCCAAUACCCCUCCUCCCCCACUGACGCCCCCUCAACUGAUGUCGACGCCCAUGUCGAUUCGCCCGCUCCCGCUGCCAGAGUCAUCCUUGCACCCAUUGGCACGGACGCAUCAGAGGAACCUAUCAAGCGAGAGUAUCAUUCCCGCUCGAACGGAUCCUGUGAUGCUGUUCUCCGGUCCAGUACGGGCAGCGGGAUACAUGGCCUCCACAGACUCUUUGGGUCGCUCAUCUGCGGCGUCCCCGGAUUUGUACAGGUGA